AAAAAUCCAACGUCGUCGUCUCAUCGUCCGCAAUCUCUCGUCACUCCUGUUUUCUCUUCCGCCCAUAUUGCCGCCGCUGGGCUUCCUCUCCACGACGCCUCUCCUCCUCGUCCUCUACUGCCAGGCGAACCAAGUUCUUCCAACUACUCAUUCCCAUACGCUGUACCGCACUCCCAUUUCUGCUUCAACCAAAGUUCCAAUAGAAAGUUGGUCACAAAUAUGAAGGUGGUAGCACUUAUUAGCGGUGGGAAGGACAGUUGUUACGCCAUGAUGGAGUGUAUUAAACAUGGCCAUGAGAUUGUUGCAUUGGCAAAUUUGAUGCCUGAUGAUGGUUCUGUGGACGAGCUAGAUAGCUACAUGUAUCAAACUGUUGGUCACCAAAUAAUCAUCAGCUAUGCAGAAUGCAUGGGAUUGCCAUUGUUCCGAAGGCGAAUAAAAGGAUCCACAAGGCAUCAUGAGCUUGGAUACAGGCCAACUCUGGGUGAUGAAGUUGAAGACAUGUUUAUUUUGUUAAGUGAAGUGAAAAGACAGAUACCCUCAGUAACAGCAGUUUCCUCUGGAGCCAUUGCAUCUGACUAUCAGAGGUUGCGGGUGGAAAGUGUUUGUUCAAGGUUAGGCCUUGUUUCUCUGGCAUACUUGUGGAAACAAGAUCAAUCACUGCUUCUCCAGGAAAUGAUUGCUAAUGGAAUCGUGGCUGUAAUAGUGAAGGUUGCUGCCAUGGGUUUGGACCCUGCAAAGCAUCUGGGCAGAGAAAUAACCUUCUUGAAUUCAUAUUUGCAUAAAUUGAAAGAGUUGUAUGGAAUUAAUGUUUGUGGGGAAGGAGGGGAAUAUGAAACAUUAACACUUGAUUGCCCACUCUUUAUUAAUGCUCGCAUUAUGCUUGAUGAAUAUCAAGUUGUGAUGCACUCUUCAGAUUCCAUUGCUCCAGUUGGAAUACUUCACCCCUCAGCAUUCCAUUUGGAGAACAAGGCAGAUGCUCAACCUUUAAGGCCACAAGACAAUGAACACAAGAUGGAGAAACUAGGAAAUGUGUUUGAAGUGCAUGGUUGCCCUGAAAGACGUGAGGCCUCAUGCGGGCCUAUAGAUGAUGUUGCUGGUCUAAUUGAUGGCUCAAAGCAUAAAUUUCGAUUUUCAAGAACCAAAAACAAGAGUGCAUUCUCCAUGUGUUGUUGGUUGCAAGAUUCAUGCAGUGGUUUGCAGGAAGAUCUUGUGGCUGUUCUAGGGAGAAUUGAAUCACAAUUACGGAGUUUUGGUUUUGGCUGGGAGAAUGUCCUCUAUGUUCAUCUUUACAUUGAUGAUAUGACUCAGUUUUCCAUGGCGAAUGAUACCUAUGUGAAGUUCAUAACACAUGAAAAUUGCCCUUUUGGCGUCCCAUCCCGUAGUACAGUUGAAAUGCCUUUACUGCGUGUGGGUCUGGGUAGGGCAUUUGUUGAAGUUCUGGUGACAAAAAAUCAAACUAAAAGGGUUUUACAUGUGCAGAGCAUUUCCUGUUGGGCACCUAGUUGCAUUGGGCCAUACAGCCAGGCAACCUUGCAUGAAGGUAUACUUCAGAUGGCCGGGCAGCUGGGGCUUGACCCGCCUACAAUGAACCUUUGUAGUGGAGGCCCAAGUGCUGAACUGGAACAAGCACUUAAAAACAGUGAGGCAGUGUCAAAGUGCUUUAAAUGUUCAAUUUCAACAUCUGCAAUUGCAUUUGUUAUUUACUGUUCUAAACGCGUCUCAUCAUUGGAGAAACAUGAACUUAUGGAGAAACAGGAAACUGUCCUCAGGGAGAUGAAGAUUUCCCCUUCGAGGGAAGGGAACAUGCAUAAAGCAUUAAAUCCCAUUUUCCUUUAUGUCCUUGUUCCUGAUCUUCCCAAGAGAGCUCAUGUAGAAGUAAAGCCUAUUCUUUAUGUUGAAGAUGACACAGAGGCAACAAUUGAGAAUUUAAGCGAAAGAUUUGGUUUAAAUACAGAGAGUUAUUGGGGUUUCAAGCAUGAGGGAUGGCAGGAUUCUUGCAUUCAGAAAUGUAUGGUUCGUGGAAGGAUAUGCGCGCUUAUAUUGUCUAUUACAAGCGAGACGGCUGUGAAGAUAUGUUCAGAAUCUCUUCCGGUUGAUUAUGACAAUGAUGGUCAAGUUUCUGUCUCUAAGGCGCAUAUGGAAAAAAUUUCGAAGUUCUUGGUCUAUAUACUUGACAAAGCUAUGACAGACAAUGCUUUCACCUGGGAGGAUAUCAUGAAUUUACGCUUCUACAUCCCAGCAAGCCUUGAGGUGUCCAUGGAGGAAAUGGCAGCCUUGUUCAACGAAGCACUUUCAGAACUUGCCGAAAUGAGUAAGAAGGCUAUUAUAAGUGGGGAUGAGCCUAUUUUCAACAUAGUUCCUGUGAUAGGUGCUGGAAGGUCGGCUUCAUCAAUGGAUGAUGUUGUAACUUGUGAACUGCUAGCUAGGAAAUCCUGAGUCCAUGUGCUUGCUUUCUGGCCAAAAGUGUCAUUCAUCUCAUUGUUGCAGUUGAGGGGAGCUUGGACUGCAAAGGAAGAGGGUUUGUUUGGUAUGCGGUUUUCCAGCUCCCUUGUAAACUGUGUUGUCCUGCUGGCGGGCAUUCUCUCUCUUUUUGCUACGUUUAAUUUAAAGUUAGUUUAAGGAUGUUAUGAAUAUACAUGUAUCUAUGAUGCAAUAUAUUUAAUUAUUUUCAUUGAUUUCUUUUUUUUCUGCUGGAAAUUGUCGUGGAUUUCACUAAGUAGAAAUAUAAUACUAUCUUCAAUUUUUAAUA